AUGUUUCUCACGAUAACAGGAAUGACAGAGACACAAAUGGCUGGCGUGAACAGCGAGGGCGGAACAACAGACAGGGGAACAGACAGGGUGGCAAUAGAGGGCGAGGCGGUUACAGAGGGCGAGACGGUGACAGACGCUAGGUGCACGCCGGCAAAUGUAUAUGAAUUUUUAAACGAUGGCAUUGUCUUUAUUUGCGGUGACUUUAAUAGUCGCUGUAGUGACCAUGAGGAUUACAUUUGUGGUGUUGAUAAUAUACCAGAACGCAAUGUUGUUGAUUUUACCUCAAAUGCUUAUGGUGAUCUAUUUAUAGAUUUUCUUAUAAAUACCAACAUGUGUAUGUUGAAUGGGCGUAAUUUUACAAAAAAUGAUUUCACAUCAAUCUCGAGCAAGGGUAGCUCGGUUGUGGAUUACUGCAUUAUCCCCCAUGAAAAGUUAGACAUUUUUUCAGAAAUUUCAAUGCUGCGUGUUAUGGAUGUUAUAAAUAAUAUCAAUAAUGUUCCUGCACUAGCAAACACUAGUUUACCAGAUCACUCAAUUUUGUCAUGGAAACUUACAUGUAAUAUUUCGAAUGCUUGUAAUUAUGAUAAAUGUAAUGUGCAACCGGUAUCUUUUGAUAAAUUCGAUGUUACAGAUGUACCUAACACUUUUUUAAGCGACCAAGAGUCUAUCCUUAAUGUAAAUAGGGUAAUUGAAAAGCUUGAGAGAUCUCAACAGACUCAAUGUGAUGUUGAUGCUAUUUUCAGUAACUGGUGUGAAAUUGUAAAGAAUAAUAUGUACAAAUCGUUACCUUUUGUCAAAAUUGGCGGUAAGAAAGUCCGUAAAAAGCGCCGUCCGGGUAAACCUUGGUGGUCAAACACACUGACUGAGCUAUGGAAUGACAUGUGUGGUAAGGAACGUAGGUGGCUGAAUUGUACGAAUAGAAAUGAAAAAUUGCAUUUGAAGUCUAUCUAUGUUUCCAGUCGUAGAGUGUUUGAUAGAGAAGUCCAAAGAGCCAAGCGUCUGUACUGGUUCUCUCUGCAAAAUGGACUCCUAAAUGAUUGUAAUGUUGAUUGUAAUUCUUUUUGGAAAUCCAUUGGAAAAAUCGGUAUAGCAAAUGCUAAGAGUAAUCAAAUUCCAUUAGAAAUUGUACUUGAGGAUGGUUCUGUAUCAACAAAUAUUCAAGAUGUUCUAAAUAGAUGGAAACAUGAUUUUAGUUCACUUUUUGACAAUGUUAAUAUUCAACCCCAGUCAACUGAAAGUGAUAACCAGUAUAAUGAUGAAUCACAGUAUAGCUUUAAUGAAAGUAUAUCUGUAUUAGAAGUUAAGAAAGCUGUUGAGAGUGCAAAUCUUGGAAAGGCGUGUGGUAUUGAUAAUAUUCCUGUUGAGGUUUUACGAAAUGAUAUUUCAAUAUAUUUUCUUCAUGUGCUGUAUAAUGUAUGCUUCAACUCUGGAGUAACCCCGGUGAUUUGGAAUAAAUGCAUUAUUAAUCCGAUUCCGAAAUCGGCCACUGCUGAUCCAAGAAAUCCACUCUCAUACAGAGGCAUAUCGUUAACGUCUGCUAUGUAUAAGAUAUACUGUAUGAUAUUAAAUGCAAGACUUAGUACUUGGGCUGAAAAUUAUGACAAGUUAGAGGAUGAGCAGAAUGGUUUUCGUAAAAAAACGUAG